CACAUAGCUGGAAUAUUGCUGAGUGUGGCGUUAAACAACAAAUAAACAAACAAACUAUAACAACAAUAUUCUACAUUUCCAGCUUUGUCAGCGAUGUCUCGAGAUCGCAAUAGUACGUGGCUCAGACUCACGGGGAGAUUUUAGGGCUACAAGUAUAUCUUUUGAAAUAACAACUUCACACAACUCAACCAUUUGAAAGUUAUGAUGUAAAUAACGCGAGUUAUGAUUUGCGUACCUGGGCCCCGUGAGAUUAAACUGUCACACCUGCAAUCAAACUGGGGGCUUUACGAUCUUGAAACAACGAGAUUAGAACAGUACAAACUCCAUUCUGCAACUGUCUUGUUGAUCUGCCAAUUCAGUAUGUCUCAGCCUCGUGCAUACAAAUUGCUAUCCUAAGUUUGUUUGUCAAAUACUUCCUUAAUAUUGCACCUGAAUUUGUUUUGCAAAGUUUAACCAAAGCUCACAACAAAUACUCCGAAAAUGUUGUUCUAAUCGUUCACGUUGCAAUAACUGUAUGCUGUUAACUGUGUAUUAACAAUAUUGAUAUGAGAGAAUUCUGGAUGUGUACGUUUUACCUGUGCCAGCUCUUUCAUGAAAAGGUUUGAAACUUCAGUGCUGAUUUCUACACUUGGAAUAAUUUCUUCAGGAAGGUAGGGAUAGAUACCUGCACGGGGACAGAUGUCCUCACUGAACGACACCUGCUUUGGGUAGUCACGCCACUUAACCAAAUACCAUAGUUCACAAUCUAACUAUAAAUUGUAUACAAUCAGUAAACUUAUAACGUACUUUAAACACAUGAUUUAGUUAACACUUAUAAAUCUCAGAUAUGUAUCUUUAUUUGCUGUGUUAGAUAUUUUAAGUAUAUGUUUUUGUUUAAACAAUAUUUUAUUUUCAUCAAAUGAAAACAGGCAUGAUGCCUACCUGUCUCUCCAGUACAAAUAUAAUUGAUAUAUUUCAGUACAACAGGCUAUGGACAUCAAUGGUAUAAUAUAAAUGUAUAAAAUAUAAGUACUUCGACAAUCUCUCAACUCCAGUCACUGUCCACACAUCACCAGCUGUUCCCAGACAAGCAAAGUGUGGUCAAAGGCAGGUAACUCUGUUCAAAUGUACUGAAGACGCCCUGAUUUAUAUUCACUCUAGUCGACAGUCUAUGCAUAGAUUGCUGUAAAUAUACACCAUGGCUUCUUUGUCUGUGGUCUAACUUACUGAAUUGUCAGUUAAACACCCCUUUGCAAUGACAGAACUUCUUUUCCCCCUCAUAAUUCACCUUGAUGAUAGAACAAUUUCAUGAAAAACGUUUGUCGCCAGCGGGAUUCGAACCCGUGAAUUCCGCACUGAAGGCUAACGAAGGUAGUCUUCUGCCACGACGACAUGGAGAAAGGAAAGCAGCAGAGACAGUAGACAGAAAACAGUAGACUCAGUGUGUUUUGUUACAAGAACAUACUCUUUUACAUGGGAUGUGGAACGAGUUUUCCUUUAAUUCCACAAGACAGCAAUUUCGCACCGACAGUCGAAAAACCGCACAUUCGUGAGCAAAACGACAGCGAGAGUUUCAAUGCGGACUGCCUUGAUGGAGCUGUCCAUUCCAGCCAAACCACAGAGCUGGUAAAAGGUACAUCUGACAUUCAGCUGAUACAGACCCCAGAGGCACCGGGUCUCCCUCACACUACCAAUCCAUCUGAUCAGACCCCAGUCCUAUCCUCCACAAUGAGUUCGGAUAUACCUGCCACCAACGAAGACUGUUUGCAAUUGGCUCAGCAGUUAGUCACCAAAUACCCUCGGUUAAAGUCUGGGUUCGAUGACAUCAACUCCUUCAUACACGCUCUCGAAGAAGAUCCUAUGUUGGAUACCAAAGGGGAACAGAUUCGAAUGCUCGCACAUAAGACAAUUGGACUUUCAUACGUGAACAAGGAUGAAUCCCACAGACGCGUAUUUGCAGAGUACCUGUCUUACACGCGCGCUGCUGAUGUUAUGUACAAGACGUAUAGUUCGUAUCUUAAAGCCAGGAAACUUGAGUUCUUGACGGAGAAAGUAUCACGAGCACAGCUGACGGAGGAAGGGAGCUACCAAUUUAUCCGGGAGAUGAGGGGGUUGUUGUGGAACUACACGGACGCCAGUGUCCAGUUCAGCGAGAGGGUGUGCGGCAGUGGCCUCCUUCGAUAUUUUGUGGGGGACCUGAAGGCUAUUCUGAAGGAAGCUGGUAGCCCUGCCAAAGUGUCAGCAACUGACCCAAUGUUCCGGUCUGCUAGGGGCGUCCUCCACAACUGCUCCAACAGCCCCGUCACCCGCCAACCCAUCAGGGAACUGGGGACAGUGUCUGUAGCCAUGGCCUAUCUUAAAGGUGACGCCCCAGAGAUGAAAAUGAUGCUUCUCCUGCUGCUGGCGAACAUAAUCGACGAGGAUGACAAUAAAGCUCUACUCGCAGACAGUACCGUCUUUACCAUAAUGUUAAACAUGAUAAUGUCUGCAUGGAGAGAUCAACGUCAUCGUUGCAACGGUUUCUCCGCGUCUGAGCUGAUAGUUGGACUCACUGGACUGGCGAAGAACGAUGACAAUAAGAAGAUCCUCACAGAGAAGGGAGCGAUCCCUGUGUUGAUGACUGUCAUGCAGGAAGGAUCAGAUGACGAGCGAGAGAAGGCUGUUCAGUGUGUUUGGGAGCUUGCUUUCGAUAAGGAAAAUCAGCGAAUAUUUGUGGAAAACGCUGAACUGAUGGCGAUACUGAGGAAAAUGAACGAAUCACAAAACAAUAAGAAACUGUCCAAGGUUUCCGGGGGCGCUCUGUGGGCCAUCACUCAGGAGGAGAAGCGAGGGAACAAGAAACUUAAGAAGAAAGAUGCAGUCAAGAAGGGCGAAAUUGUGCAGGAUGCAGGCCACGUUAUGAUCAGUUAUCAGUGGGCGGACCAGAAAAUGCUUAUCAAGGUCAAGGAGUUUUUGAAAAAACACAAUUUUAAGGUCUGGAUGGACAUCGACAACAUGGAGGGCUCCACAUUGCAGGCGAUGGCGGAGGCCGUGCAGAAUGCGUCUGUGGUGUUGGUGUGUAUGUCGGAGAGAUACAAGCUGAGCCAGAACUGCAGAUCAGAAGCUGAAUAUGCCUUUGACCUCCGGAAACCCAUCAUACCUCUCGUUCUCCAGAGAGGCUACAAGCCCGAUGGCUGGCUGGGAUUGAUUAAAGGGGCAAAACUCUUCUUCGACUUCAGUGGAAAAUACCCUUUUGACCAGAAAGCAUCGGAGUUGAUAAAAGAAUUGGGUGUUCGGGGCAAGGCUGGAUCAUCAACCGAUAGCAUUGACGGGGAGACAACUGCAAUUGUGAAGUCUCAACCAGCUGAUGCUGCACGGGGUGCGGAUGGUACUGCCAACUGGUCAAACAAAGACGUUCACAAUUGGCUUUGUAAAAUGAGCUUGGACAAACACUCCUCGUUGAAAAGUCUCACCGGAAAGCAACUGAUGUUUCUCCGUAAGAUCUCAUACAAGGCACCAGAAUUCUUCUACAAUUACAUCAAGACUGACCUGCAUUUGAGCAAUUUGGAAGACUUGAUGACCUUUAGCGAGGCUGUGGAGAAUUUGUAACAGAUCUUGCAACACACUUAAUAUGAAUUACCUGAAUCAAUACUCGAACAGGGAACACUAGCAAGAUGACUGUAUCUAAUCUUUGUUCGUGCUCAGGUGCAAACAAAGGAACAUAUACCUCGAGCAGCGAUAACUCGACAUGUCGACAUAACAAUACGACUGCAUACUGGACACACUAUUCAUCAGGUCACUGAAUCAACAUUCGGGCAGAGGAACUCGACAUGUCGACAUUGAAAUAUAGCGUGUCGCUCGGUUCCGACAUGUUAGGGUGUGAACAAAGUACGAACUACCAGCACUGGUGCAGGAGUAACUCGACGUGUCGAAAUUACCAUACUUCGUUCGAUUAAUCAUCCGUUGUGUCGAGAUGUAAUCACAAGCCGAAAGAUCAUAGUUUGAGCGAUGUCGACAUGUCAAAUAACAGUACAGCAGGACGCCGUUAACGCCCACUACAGUGGAUCUCCUCGAAAAAACGGGGUAUUUUUUAGCCUUAUGAAGUCUCCACUUCGUCACCAAGUCAUGUAGAAUGUCAAACAUAAAUGUAUUAUACAUGA